CACACACACACACACACACACACACACACACUCUCACAUCAGGAUGGACACAGCCAGCGAGCAGGAACGGCCCAAAUGGGACAAUAAGGUCCAGUAUCUGCUGACGUGCAUCGGAUUCGCCGUGGGACUCGGGAACGUCUGGAGAUUCCCGUACCUCUGCCAGAUCUACGGAGGAGGUGCGUUCCUGAUCCCGUACCUGAUCGCACUGGUCUUCGAGGGGCUACCUCUGCUGUAUCUGGAGCUGGCCAUCGGUCAGAGUCUGAGGAAGGGCAGCAUCGGCGUCUGGCACUCCAUCUCUCCUCUGCUGGGUGGAGUCGGCGUGGCGUCGAUGAUCAUCUCGUUGCUGGUGGGUUUGUUUUAUAACACCAUCCUGGCCUGGGUUCUCUGGUACUUCUUCCACUCGUUUCAGGAGCCGCUGCCCUGGAGUCAAUGCCCCAUCAUUGAGAACCGCACCGGUUAUGUGCAGGAGUGUGUGGACAGCACACCGGUCAACUACUUCUGGUACAGACAGACACUGAACAUCACGCCGGACAUCGAGCAGAGCGGCUCGCUGCAGUGGAAGCUCGUCGUGUGUCUGGCCUCGGCCUGGAGCAUCGUCUACAUCUGCUUCAUACGGGGCAUCGAGACCAUCGGCAAGGCCGUGUAUGUGACGGCCACAUUUCCAUACCUGGUGUUGACCAUCUUCCUGGUGAGGGCCCUUACUCUGCCCGGGGCCACAGACGGGCUUCGGUACCUCUUCACUCCAGACUGGGCGCUGCUGAUGGAUCCUCAGGUUUGGCUGGACGCUGCGACCCAGAUCUUCUUCUCUCUGUCUCUGGCGUUCGGGGGACUCAUCGCCUUCUCCAGCUACAACCCCAAAAAGAAUGACUGUGAACGGGACACUCUGGUUGUUGGGAUCAUUAACAGCGCCACAUCUCUCUACGCUUCCAUUCCCAUCUUCGCCAUCCUGGGCUUCAAAGCCACCAGCAACUUCAACUCCUGCAUUGACAGUAACAUCCUGGAUCUGACCAACGCUUUCGACGUCACCGAAGGAAACAUCACGAUGGAGAACUACGAGAGCUGGUUAACAUAUCUGAACUCCACCGAUCCGGACAAGGUGUCCAGUCUGAACCUCAAACACUGCGAGCUCCAGAGCUUUCUGGACCAGAGUGCUUCAGGAACGGGGCUGGCGUUCAUCGUGUUCACGGAGGCGGUGAUCGAGAUGCCGGGGUCACAGGUGUGGGCCGUGCUCUUCUUCGUCAUGCUCUUCAGUCUGGGUCUGUCCUCCAUGUUCGGGAAUCUGGAGGGGGUCCUGACGCCACUGCUGGACCUGCACCUGGUGCCCAGCUGGAUGCCCAAAGAGCUCUUCACAGGACUGAUCUGUGUGUUCAACUUCCUGGUGGCCCUGAUCUUCACGCUGGGAUCUGGCAACUACUGGCUGGAGAUCUUCAACAGUUACGUGGGCUCCAUCCCUCUCCUCGUCAUCGCCUUCUGUGAGAUCAUCGGCGUCGUCUUCUUCUACGGGAUGAAGCGGUUCAGUGAUGAUAUCGAGAGCAUGACGGGCCGCCGGCCGAACCUGUUCUGGCGCGUGUGCUGGAUGGGCAUCAGUCCCAUCAUGCUCCUGGUGGUUCUGGUGGCGUACAUCGUGGUCCAGGUCCAGAAACACCCCACAUAUCCAGCCUGGAACCCAGAAUAUGAAAAGUUCCCGGAGUCGGAGGUGAAGCCGUACUCGGACUGGGUGUUCGCCAUCUGUGUGCUGCUGAGCACCGCUCCUGUUGUCUCCAUCCCCAUCGUGGCUGUUUACAGACUGAUCCGACGGCAAACACGGCCACAGACCGGCAGCAGUCUCCCAAACCCCUACGACAACCAGGCCUUCAGCACCGAGAGCUUCAAAGCGCUCUAGAGACACUUCCCAUCAUUCCCUGCAGCACCAUCCCUAACCCUUCAGCAAGAAGGAUCUGAACUCUUAAACUUUUACUUAAACUUUACAUACUUUUUAUUACUAAAAAUGUUUUUUGUGGUUGUUCUUAAACUAGGAGGAUAAAAAGCAAAAAUAAAAAAAUAAAAAAUAAAUAUAUAAUAAUGACCAUUUAAAACGAACAUCUUGAGAAAGAAUCUGAACUCUGAAAAUUAUUAUGACUUUACUGCAUCUUUACAUUAUUUAAAUUAAGAAAAACAAAAAAAUUUAUUGAAAUUUUAUUUUUUGUUACUAAAAUAGCUGAUAGCAGAUGUUUUUCCUCUUUCAAUUAACUUAUUGUUUUAUUUCUAAAGAUUAUUAGUACCAGAUCAAAUCUUUAAAUUUAUAUUUUUUAUUAAAUGUUUAAUAAAUAAUAUAAAUUAUAUUCUAAAAUUAAAUGUAUACUGUAUGAUUAAAUUCUACUUUAUAAUUAAAUUAUAGACUACCAGUCAAAAAUUCUUGAACAGUAUGUUUUUUUUUUUAGUUUCUUCAAGCCUAUAAUUUUUGAUCCAAAAUCAUUUUUUACUAUUUACUAAAAAUAAUUUUACUAUUUAAUAUAUCUGUUUUCUGUGUGAAUCUGUGUUAAAGUGUAAUUUAUUUCUGUGAUGUACAGCUGUAUUAUCAGCAUCAUUCCUCCAGUCUUCAGUGUCACAUGAUCUUCAGAAAUCGUUAUAUAUAUAUAUAUAUAUAUAUAUAUAUAUAUAUAUAUAUAUAUAUAUAAACGUCUUUUAAUAUUUUUCAAAUGCAUUCAAGUAUAAUUUGUGUUGAUUUGACAGUAGCAGGAGAGAUUCUAGUUCAGAUCAAUAUUUGACUCUCACUGUAAGACAAACCUCUUUAACAUUAUAUUUUGGCAGACUUUCCUCACCUGGUCACACAUUACAAACGUCAGUGAAUUUCCGAGGACUGACAGGAGUGAGAGAAACUGUGUUUUGCUCACUGAUCACGUUCUCUUACUGGCAGAUGAGAUUUAGUUAGUCAGUAACCAGAAUAACCAGCACAAGUAUUUACAGCAGUCAUAAUGUGAGUGAACAGUGAACAUCAGCUGUCCUGACAGAACUGACCAUCAACUCAUUCACCAAUGGAAAAAUAGCAUGUUUGUUAAUCAAUAUGAGAUUAUAAUAAUAAAAAGGCAUUUGUU